ACGAACUUUCAACUUUGCGCCGUGCCACAUUGCAAAUCCAAAAUUAAAUAUGAGGAUAGUAAAUGGCCUUCGAAAUGCUUCGAUACGGCUGCCAGUUGCCUGCUUGCGGUCAGGCAGGCAUGGCAGCUCUCUAUUUCCAACACAAUUAGCUAUACGACAUCAAACGCUACCCCCUUCGAAUCGAUCCUCCUUAUAUCCACGAUUCUUUUCCUCGACGAGAUAUUUACGGCAAGACGAGACACCCGAGGCGAUAGAAAAGGUCGUUCGGGACGCCAAACAAAGAUUCCGUGACACUCUGCCAAAGGGCUAUCUCUCUGACGAGGAAUACGCAAUAUAUAUUCGACUAUACGGACCCCCGUUGAGAGAGACAGAACCUGAAGAUGUCGGUAUUCAUAUGCACGCUGAUAUGGGGUCUAUUCGGCCGGAUACUGAAGGCACGGUUCUAAAGCCCCUGGAGGGUGGCGCAUUUGAAGAAGUCAACUAUGCACUCGACCGAACUUUGGACGAAGCAGCCGCAUCCCAUGGUACCGAUGUCAUCUCGCGACAAGUAGUUGAAACUCUACCAGGAUACGUUGACUCUGUUGCAAGAAGCGAGCGUGAGCGCGAUGCGAUGCAACGCCUCUACGACGACUUCCAACAGUCUCAGCAUAAGCAGGCAAUGGCGGAGAAGGAAGCCGCUGCCCAAGAACACGAGGCAAGAAAGGCGAUUCUUGAAGAAGACCUGGAAAACGAUGACCUUGGGGAAGAAUUCGACGUUGAGUAUGGCCAAGAAUACAGAGAGGAUAGCGGAAGAGGCGAAGAUGCGCGAUUCCAUCCACUGACGCUCCAAGGUCGUUUCCAUAAGCCAGGACCAAUUGUCAUGGAACUUCCCCAAGCACGAUUAGUCCAGCCAAUCGAAGAACUUCUCCGACGCACGAAUAAGAAGCAUCUAAAGACUGCUGCCGAAGCAGCUUACGGUGGAGCUAGCUUGCCUACAUCACCUGCCACUGUUGCAGCAGCCCGUCGCAGCAAUAACAUGAAGGGUAUUGGGCUCGCCGCCGACCAAAGACACAUGACCGAAAUCGAGGCGGAUACGUUCCUCGGUGUUCAUAUACCACCUGCAUAUGUAUCGAUUCUAUCAAUUCUCCGAGAAGUCCGUCGUCGAGUGGGAUCGGACUGGAUCCAGUCCAAGUUGAAAGCGAAUCCAGAAGGCGGGUUAAGCGUACUGGACGCAGGCGGUGGUGGUGCCGGUCUGUUAGCAUGGGAACAAAUCCUGGAAGCCGAAUGGAGUAUUCUGAAAGAAAAGGGAGAAGUUACUGGCGAUAAGCCGCCCGGCAAGCAAACAGUCAUUACAGGUCCGGACCGCCUUCGUCAUCGAAUGAAGGGCUUCUUUGAUAACACAACCUUCCUCCCUCGGCUGCCCGAUUAUGAACAUUCAAGACCAAUGCGAGCAUCCCGACUUGAUGGUACGAACAAUCCUCAGCAACGAAAGACCUACGACUUGGUUAUCGCGUCACACUUGUUCCUACAAGAGACAGAGGCGCAUCACAGGCAAGCGGUCCUGAACAAUCUCUGGAGCAUUGUCAAGCCCGAGGGUGGUGUACUGGUUGUACUGGAGAAAGCCCACCCUCGUGGGUUCGAAGCUGUUGCGCAUGUUCGAGACACGCUGCUCUCAAGAUAUAUUAUUCAGGAGUCUGGCCAGCCGCUAUUAGAUCCUGCCGACUUCAACCCAGCAUUCCACCGCGAACUGGAGCCAGGCCAGGUUUUGGCUCCUUGCACCAACCAGAGCAAAUGUCCCUUAUACCUGGAGCCCGGGCGAAGCAAAGGACGCAAGGAUACUUGCCACUUUAGCCAGCGGUAUAUCGAGCCUGAAUUCCAUGCUCAGUUACUAGGAAAGAAGUCCAAUCGAUUGGGAGAAGUCGAGUUUAGCUACGUUGCUAUUCAAAGAGGCAUCGCUCGCAAAACAGACAUGUCUCCUCGUGAGGCGUCAGAGGCAGCGUUCCAAGGCUACGAAGAUCAAGUGGACGGGGUUGAUAUGAAGACUCUACCGAGACUGAUGAAGCCUGCCUUGAAGCGUAAAGGUCACAUUACCAUGGACAUGUGCACCCCCGAAGGCAAGCUCGAGCGCUGGACGAUCCCCAAGAGCUUUGGCAAGCUGGCUUACCAUGACGCCCGCAAAUCCCACUGGGGCGAUCUUUGGGCGUUGGGUGCCAAAACCCGUGUACUCAAGACUGCCCGGGUGGGCACGUUGGACUCGGAGCCCUCAAAACGCCGGCCCCGCAAGCAGGAUAUCAUGAUUGCGGGGAUGAAGCUUGACGUGCGUGAGCGUAAAGUCAAGCACAAGGAUAAGAAGAUGCGACUUAUCCAAGAACUAGCGGAUGCCCACAGACAAGAAACCAACGACGAUCUGCAAUGGGAAGUCGAACGCGAGAUUGCCGAGGAGCUGGAAGCCAACGCUGACGCAGGGCGUGGCAACUUUGAAAACAAAGUCUAAAACUUUAACUGUCAUAUUCGUGCUGCUCCCACGGGGGGAGUAAGCGGAUGUCACUGUACCAUUACGAAAAAGUGUAUAACAACUUCUCAAGCCUUAAUAUUUUGUAUUAUAGACCAUAAAGUCAGCCAACGGCUUAGAACAGUCACAUAUAUCUAAUACUUACAUGUAACAACACCCCUCGUGUUAUUAUUGUAUCCGCAGACACACGGUCACUUUUCUUUGCAUUAUUGAUUGUCCUGGUCCCGUGUCUGAUAGGGCAUGUACCAACACAGACAUGAUGAUCUGCUACUUGUCAACUCCGGGCGAAUAACUCUCCGAGCUGCCCAAGCACAAGGGUACCCCCCUGAGCUUUACAUCACGACACUGGCCUAUUUGGGAAAAACCGCGGGCAUUUGCGAAGCUCAACGCCACCUGCAGUCGCUUAAUGGUACGAGAGGGGGGAUACUUGCAUUAGUCUGCUUAUGGCUCCAUCAUCGACAUCAGGCGAGGGCUGUACGAGAUGCCUCACCAUCCACCAUGAGGCCAGCCAUCCUCAUAACUUCUACACUGUUUAUUCAGCCUGAUGCGCAGCAAACCCGUAUUUCUGCAAGGAUUUCAGUUACAGGAAUGUCUGCCCCACGCUGCAAGGAGAAACCAAAACGUUCCGAAAACCUUAUGGUCGAGUCUUGGUGGUGUUGCCAACCAGCUGGAUAACCCAUGCUGCAAAUAUGCCAAUCUAUACCCACAAUGUAGUCAAAAUGGCAAUUGUGAAUGUAAAGUUCAUAUCUAGACGAUCGGUUAAGCUGUGGCGCCCUAUCUGUUCUAGAACCAAGGCAAGCACCGCAACGUUCAGCUCGUCGGAAAGCGGUCGCAAUGCGAAAGGUUAUAGCUUGGUGCCGUCGGCUUCUUGCACAAGGAGAUUUUCAGCGCCUUCCGCCUCAUUCCUCGACGGAGAGCUCUAGACUUGACGAUUAUCCUGUGCCAAGUCAUUCUGCGUAAUAUCACAUUUGUAAGUCCCGAGAUAUCGGGCGCUGGUCCCCCUUUCUCCGGACUUGCGCUGCAUCUAGGCUUGCAACUAGUUCAUCUGCCGCUUGACAGCCUCGCAAGAGCUAUUUGAAACUAUUGCCAAGACCUAUCCGAGCCAGGAUUCCCCGCACUUGUAGCUAUGAUGUCGCCGACCGCCCUACGCGCUGCGUGCACGGCUCACAUUCCUCAUGACGUGCGUAAGCUUAUGGGUGCUGCAGAAGCUUAAUUGGCUCGAGGCCGAUCACACAGCCCCAAUGGCGCUAUUAUCCCUAAAAAUGAUAUGGUUAUAAUGCAUUUUGUUUUCCAGCAAUGAUAAAUAGGCCGUGCGUGGAGGUGAUUUGGCAGGGAGAAGACGGGCUUCAACAACGAAAGAGCUAAUCACAGAGGUUAUUCUCAGGCCGUUCAAGAUGGAUGCCUUUCAUUUAGCCUUGUAGUUCAUGUGGUUCUACCUGUUAGGAGGGAUCCGAGGACAAUUCAGCUGCAAGCCACACACCCAGCCGGCUAUCCUCUUUGCGUUUGUGCAGAUGCGGGAUUGGCAAUUCCGCACUCAGCUUCCACCCGACGCCAUUUGACCUGCUUUGGGCAAUGACGGACAGCCAAGACAAGGCGGAUUUAUGUUUCUUGUUGUAGCGCUACAUUAGAACUGAACAACAACGAACUAGCAGAGCCUGAAACGCACGCUAUUGCCUUUUAAGGAACAGGGCACAGAAAGGCUCCGGUACACUAAAAAUAUGGGUGUGCAGCCUGCCGCUGCAACCACAUCGUAUAUUUUUUUUUGUUGCCAAUCAAUGGUGCAGGUAGGGACGCAGCGCUCAGCGGGUGCUGAGUAGAUGGGCGCCACGGAGCUGGUACAGUACCCAUUCGCCUCUGCAAGGGGCUUUUCCGAGCAGCACAGACUGGUGCAAGUCGUCGCUCAUUUAAGGUGCAGAUACAAGGUGCAGAAAGUAUGCAAUAUCAAUGUGAAGUUAGUGUGAAACCUCUAUAAUCUAAGAGUUGGCAGAGGGCGGGUAGACGAGCCUAGCGGCUUAGCCUGACGUAGCUGUCAUCACAGCUAGACAAUAUUGCGGCAAAACGAUUCUCCCUGCACUCGGCGUAAGAAAAGUAUGCAUCACCAGAUUCGCCGAAAUCAACCGACCGCGUUGACGCGACAGUCAAGGACAGGAUCGUCAGGCAGCGCUCGGCUCGCAAACCUUGGCGUUAGCCUCCAACGGCUGAUGAAUGGCUAAUGGAGAAUUGGUUUGUAGUAAUAAAGCCUGACUGGCGUAGAUGCCAGCCGAUUGCAAAGGCGCGGCGUGGCGUUGGUGGUGGCUUUCGGUUAAAGCAAAAGAAGCAAGACUGCCCCAGCGGGCUGGGCAGCCAUCUGGAGACGGCGGCAUUACAAAUUUCUUUGUAACGCAGCCUCCAAAAAGACACGAGGGUGUGUGGGAUAAAUCAAGAGCGACAGUCCCAGAACCCCGAGUAGCGCUCGGCGCAUUCGACGGAGCUGCAAAGCAUCGGCUACAUCCACAUCCCGUCACAGGAUGUGAGAAGGCAACUUCCGCAUUAUUGAUAGAGGCAGUAUCAUAAAAUUGUUCUGCCAUCGAGAGGAGAUCGCAGCCAUCGGAAAGUACUGUGUCGUGUAAACCUCCGAGCUGCAAGAAACCGAUAAACUGAGUAAGAACCGUAGCGCCUUCAGCUUCGUGGGGUCGAUAUUUUCUUACUUAGCGCCGGCGAGAACCGCAUUGAACGUCUCCGAACCCCCGCAAAACUCCCACUGUACAAGUCCUAUACGUACAUACUCGGUGUAGCCAGUUUGAAGCUCUGUUGAAGGUUCUUUGCAAGGCUGGCGUCUGUUGGGAAGCAGAUCUGAGUACGAAAUACGGCGCUCGUGCUUAUCUCGCGUUUUCGCACUUACAAGAAGCCAGCGUGGGUAUUGGUCCUGCUAUGACAGCACUCCAGUUGUAGUGGAACAUAUUGUUCCGGCUUCUUGACCAGGGAGUUCGCUGUCAACGGAAAUUUAGGGACAUGAGAAAAAGGACAGUUCUAGUUUGUGCCAGCCUCGUGAUUGCGGUGUAUCGUGUCGAGGUGGCAGGAUGAGUAGUUGAGAGGACAUGCCGCAGGCUUAUAGUUCUGACCAGAGAGAUGGUCAAAGAAGCAGGUAAUACCAAUGAGUAGGUCUGGUCAUUUAUGAUGAGGUAUCCGUUGUAGGCCACUAUAGUCAUGACAAUUAAAUUUAUGGAUUCCAAACAAGUUCAGCCAUUAUAAUAUGGAGUAGUCAUGGUGUUUGGUUGCCGAGCUUCCGGUUGACGCCGGCAACAGAAGCGGGAAUGAAGACGGACUUUGGCGGUGGAAUUCGGUGAGAAGCAGUGACGUAACGCGGGCUUGAUAAGAUGUGAAACGAAUUUGGGCACGCGAGGAAUCGGGCCGUUGCAAGGGUGUGUAAUUGAUGGAGCAACAGACGCGCUGGUGGUAGUCGAUCUUAGUCGUCGAUCUUACAAGCUUCGUUUAGCUAAUUUAGUCAGACAAAGAAUAGGAGUAGAUGCUUCGAUAAGGGCGGACAGAGCUGAAGAGCUAUACCCAGGGACCUGCAAAGUCUGAUGGUGCUGCGUAAGGCUGCCCAUUAAAGGAAACUCAUUCGCCGUGGUAAAGGUCUUCUGUGGGCCAGCAAAGUAAGCUUUGGCUGGCCCAUGUCACCGGAAGACUGGAUCUAGGUAAUUUGGUUGCCUGAUGAGAUUCUCGCCAUUCUGGCCCGGGAUAUUCAGAGGCGGCAGGCAAACUAAGAGACGCAAUGCUGAAGUAAGCUGCCACUGGAUCGAGCAACCGCGCCAUCGGUCGAGCCGAGUCAGCGAAAGCCGCGAAUGACACACCUAGAUCCUAGCAAUCUCUCUUCCUUCCAAAUGUGACGUUAUCGGCUAGGUAUUCCGAUAUUUUGUCGAAGCGUGUGGAUUUCGGCGUGGCCCGUGUCCCAGCGUGUUUCGAAGCCGGGAAGCCGGCCGCAUAUCGGCCUAAGCCAAGCUUUCUGCGGUUUCGGUGUAAGCUGGAUCUCUGCACAGAGCCGAUGCUCGCUACAAGGCCGCGCCACAUCCGCCGAGGGUGAAAAUCUCUCAAAUUAUUAUGCAAUCUGUUACGCUCUGAAGCAGGACAGAUAGCAAUGGGUUGGUAGUGGUUCUCUGGCGGUAUGAGGUAUUGCAUGGCGCCACAUCUACCCGGACCAAUCUCUGCCCUCGAAACACACAUCCAUCCAAAAAGGCGAUCGUGUAGGCCGGCGCAGAGCCGUGAUGUCAGUGACUUUCCCGGUUGCAUGCAGCACUGGUGAACCGUUGUAUGACCGGCAUGGCGACUGGGGGUGUUAGGUGAGAUCGGGAGAAAGCGGCAGGGUCGGUUUCAUUCGGUGCCCAGCGAAUUCUCGGCCAUCAUCAACAAAGAGCAUCAGCAGCCAUUAGAACUAAGGGAGGGGUGUGAAAUCGCUAGGCGCGGAUGGCGCUGCGGGAGCGGCUCGGUGGUUGGAUCAAAGGUUGCAUGUGCCCCCCUUCACAGCGCACUUGGGCCAAUUAGGCGGCUUAUUGAUUUGGGUUUCCCACCGCGGUAAGCUGGAGCCAAGUCGUUUCGUAGUAAGUUUGGGUCCAGUUUGCUGAGCCGCCCCAGAACGGGUGAUCCGGUUCACGUAAUCCAGCAUAAUUCAGUCUGGGAGUGGACGUGCUUGGCAAGAUGAAGGGCCAUGACAGCUGCAGUAAUUGGCAGGAGACUAACGGAGUAGCGUGCGUGACAUAUUUUCAUCGUUGUAUUAUAGUGGGAAGAGGGGAAGAAAUCGGAGCGCUGAACAGUGUGUGUAAAGGCAGCUGAAAAGGCGCCACGCAGACAAUGUGGCCUAGGGGAAUCACGACGUUGGGGAAUUAUGCGAGAUGCAAGCAAGAUCUACCCAGGCCAGUGACCGAGCAAGAGCCCCAGCGCCACUAAAGCGAGCACUAAAAAAACCAGAACAGUGCUUUUUUGCUGACGGCCAAUCCGUGCUCGCGGCCCGCGGUGGCCGACCGCGCACUCCAGGCAACCAGAUUCUGGCGACGAUACAAGAUGUAACCACAUCGAGGGGUUGCAUUGUCAGAUUGUAUGGAAACAACAAGAAAUGGAAAAUUCUUCAUGCAGUUGAUCUCAUUUUUGCUGGGGCGGGAAAAUCUCAUCGCGGUGGGCUUGCUGCACGAAAUCUGGUUGCCUGCUGUGGAAGAACCCAGGCCGCGAAUGAGAGCACAGGGUCUGUCAGCACAAGCGCUGUAGUUGGCCAUAGGGCACUACUUCGGCGGUCCGCGACGCUACUACUCUUACAACGAGGUCCAUAUCUAGAUUGUCCGGCGAAACGGAACCAAAUUUCCUCUCUGGGAAAUCGGGCAAGGCUCUGCUGGGUGCGGAAAAGGAUUAGCACAGGUAGUCUAGAUCGACGAGCAUGUAACAGUGAGCUGGACCAAGUACAACAAAAAGGGUAGUAUUCGGAGGUGGCUAUGCUGGACACGGCCGCGGUGGCAUUAUUGGGAAGACUGAAGAAUCUCGAGCGAUGAUCGAUAAGAUUUUCCCGAACCAUCUCCAAGCGUCUCAUCCUCCAACCAGCCGCGUCUGUUGCGGAGUGCUGACAAUACAGGCGGGUUCUGCGAUGUGAUAUAACGGCGGCCGCUAUACUGUGUCAGCGAUAGGAAAUGUGGUUUUGCUUACAGCGCUGUCCUAUAGGUGGCCAAAUUACUCAGGCAGUACUGACGGGGGCGAUUAUCAAGCCCGGGAACUUCCCUAAACGGCAAUCAGGCCCCAAGUUGGCCCAGCUCGCUCCUUAGUGGCAUCCAUACGACUCUGGCGCUGUAGCCCAGCCUAGCGCCACCGUUGCGUGAGCAAAGCAUGGCAACACACUGCAGACGACACGCACGCUGCCGGACCGGCGACAAACAUGGCAUUUGGAAUGGCAUCAGGCUGCACAAGUGGCGUGUAUACGCGCAAAGAUCACGGCACGCGGCUGGACCGGAAAAUGAACUAAAUUGCUGUCUGGGCCGGAUCGGUGCUUGUUUUCUCCUAACGCCGCAGUCCGCCUAGCUACCCGUAACGUCACAGUGGCCCGUCGCGGAGUCGCCUACUUGGUUUGGGUAAAAUACCGCGGUCUAGCGUGCUAAACCCCGACGCCGCCCGCUGCGGCGUUUUUUUCGCUUCGCUUUUCUCAGACGUUGUCCUACCCACUACCCACCGCACAGCAGAGUCGCGCUGGAAAUAUAGUGGCAUGUCACCCGGGCUCUCGGAGUCCAGCGAUGCUACAGCGGGUUCUUGGUAGACUCCAGCGCCGCGAGCGUGCUAUUCGUACGGACCGACACUGGUUUUACAGUACACUUUCCAGUGGUUCUCCUCUCGGCAUCGUCCCAUUACCAAGCAGUUACAUACCACUGCCCCAGCGCAAAAGUCCGCGGUCUAUCCGGCCAGAACCAAGGCUACGGAACACUGCCAAUUGCCAAGCGCUGCUAGUUUUUAUAUUUCCAAUUCUGUAUUUGACAUCAUUUAUCCUAGUAUAUGGAGCAUGAAUAGUUCUCUUUACAAUUAAAUAUCCUGCUCUUGCCACUCUCCUGCGCAUAAACUGCCUUCUAUACUGCCUACGACCCCCCCCCCGUCCUCAGUACCAACUCAGCAUCAUCAGCAUCAUACUGCACGCCAGAAAUACAAUAGUUCCCCUGGCCUCUCAACAAACCUGUCAUCGUCGGUCGUGCUUCCCGCGCCGAAACCAACGCAAGCCCUCUUCGCUCUGCACGCCCCCCUUUCCCGAAGACCGAACGGCAUCGCCACCCCCCAGCAUCCACCCCCCAGCCCAGCAGUCAACCCCCGCUCGCGCUACCAGCCCAGAGUAAUCUUGCAUACGCUGGUCUUGUCGCUGCUUGAGUCGCCGACACACCCUGCGAGGCCUGGGCCUGUUAAGCUGCUGACAGUCAAGAGCACCACGAAAAAAACCGAGACAGCGCCAGCUGCAAAGCACACGGCCCCCCAGAGAGCCCCCAGGACACCCCCAAAAAGCAAGCGCAAGGAUACCAACAUCCAACAUAAACGCCCUCGCUCCCACUUGGCAACCAGGUUGCUUGCAUUGCUCAUUUUCUUUCCCUUCUGCCAUUAAUCCCAUCCAUACCUGCAUCUUGCAUCGGAGCUACCAUCGCUCUCUCGCUUCUCCGCCCUUUCAAGAUCCCGCUUUUUGGCUUGGCUCUCUUAUACCACAGCCUGCCUCUCCCCCCCCAUCCGACUCGCCCGGUACCAACAUCGCCUCCUCCGCCACCAGUAGGUAGGCUUAUAACCCACAUCGCCUCGCCGCCUACCCAUAGU